CUUGCGAAAAUGCUCACAUUAAUCGAAGAAACUGUCACCGUCGAAGAUCCCGCGCUUGAUUUCACGCUUCCUGGAUACGACAUCGAGCUGAAGGUGCCCCUCUGGAAAGGAAUCCUUGUAACGAUAACCGGUGUCUCAUCAUACGUCCAGUUUGUCCUCAAGGCUAUCCUCGGCUCUGGGAGCACUUUGCAAGCCAAGCCGUUCAGAGAAGGAUUUAGCAAAGUGUUCCCGAAUGGCGAUCGACAGGCUUUCGCUGUGGAGGAGUUGAUGAAGUUAUUUGGGAAUGGGGAUGAAGAUUGCACUGUGGAGACAAUCAGCACAACGCUCGAAGCAGACCAUGGGUUCAACCCCGAAAGCCGUGCUAUCUGGAACCUGUUGGAGAUCAUGGCAGAGUACGACGCAAGUACGAGG